UGUGAUUGGGUAUUUAAUGGAAACUUUUUAUCUAUGGCUUCCAUCAUAUUUUUAAAUGUUUGUUGUGAAUUUUUGAUGAAAACAACUUUCAUUGUUUUUACAAUAAUUCUAAUCAUAUUAAUGUGAUUUACACGCCUUUUCACACAUAUUCAUAUUCUAAAAAUUGUUGAUCAAUUUUCCAUCCCCUUAAACUUGAAAUUAUCGAUCAUUCGUAUCAUUGCUAUUUCGAUAUAAGGUUUUCCUUCUAUAAGUUUCAUAAAUAUGGAUCAAAAUGAUUUUGUGGAAAGAGUUCGUGCCCGUAGGCUAAUGAUUUCUAAUGAAGGCAAAAUAACCAUCGGUAUCUCACCCGAUAUCGAUACAAAUAAACCUCCCAUUUGGUUUGAUCAGUCAGCAUUUCUACAUGCACAAAAACUGUUUAAAACUUAUGGUGCUAUCAUCCGAAUCAGUCAAUUUUAUGGCCUUCUAUUAGUAUUACAUGAUCCAUAUGGUGCAACGCCAUUAUUAUGUACCGGUAAUUCACGUACUGUAUCCAAAUUAUUUCGUCGGUAUCUUUCAACCAUAAUACGUGUGAACGAUUGGUUUAAAGAUGAUCCAUUCAAUGUAGAAAGUGAUAGUUAUCGACAAUUACGUACAGUUCGGGGAAUGCAUAAGUCUGUUGCCAAAAAAAUGAACGAAAAUGGCCGCUUUAUGGAAAACGGAAAGCCUAAAUUAUGGAUUCCACAACAUGGAAUGUGCAUUGCUCAAUUCACUUUUGUAGGAUUUAUGGCUAUAUUUCCUAAAAAGCUAGGAUUUCAUAAUUUCACGAAUGAAGAUUUCCAUGCCAUGUUUCAUUUUUGGCGCGUAAUCGGUUAUUGUCUGGGCACCGAUGAUCGUUACAAUCUAUGCAGUGGGACUGAUGAAGAGACAAUUGAAUUAUGUCGUCAAAUUUAUUUCGAACAAUGGCUACCAGCCAUGAAAUCGAAUCCAUAUACAGAAGGAAUAGCUAUGAGUCGUGGAAUAUGCUUAGCAAUGUCUGAACUUGAUUCUUAUUUAAACUACAAUUUAUUGAUGAAUUAUGGUGCCCCAUUUUUACAACUUAACCCCAAUGCAUAUCCAUUGACAGUAUCGGAAAAAUUAUCUUAUUAUUCUUUGAAAAUGUUUUAUGAUUUUGGAUCAAAAUUCUCAUUGGUUAAUUGGACAGCUACCAAAUAUGCUCUAAUUUCAAUCGACAGAGCUAUCAAUAAUUGUGAUCAAAUUGAACGAAAAUUGCAACAAAAAUAUGCUGAUUUAAAAUACGAGAAUUCUUAUAACGAUUGUCCAUUCACUGUUAAUAUUGAUUAUUCAGAUGCUUUCUGAAUCACAUGAAAAAUAAAUGAAACAUCAUUUUUUUAUAUUUUUUCGAA